AUGUCUGACGACUUUUCUGAUCAUCCUAAUGCCAAACGUAUAGUUAUCAUAUCUGGUGGUACUGCCUCCAACUCUUUGGUAUCCACCUUUUCUUCUCUUUCUCCUCAUAUCUCUUAUCUUCUCCCAAUUUCAGAUAACGGUGGAUCGACUUCUGAGUUGAUUCGCGUUGUAGGGGGCCCCGCAAUUGGAGAUUUACGUUCUCGAAUUACCCGUUUGAUUCCUGAAAAAUCUACAGCCCUCCGAUCAUUACUCUCUUAUCGCCUACCUGAGGACUCUUUGGGCGCAAAAUCCGAGUGGACAGCCAUUGUCGAAGGCACACAUCCACUGUGGUUUCAUGUUCAGUCACAGUUUAAAGAGCUGAUAAGGCCAUUUUUUAUACACGUUCAUGUGGAGCUUCUUAAAAGAUCGCGGCCCGGUCGUGAGUUUCGGUUUGAAAAAGCAAACGUUGGAAAUCUUUUUUUAACUGGAGCUAGACUCUUUUGCGGUUCUUUAGAUUCUGCUAUUGAACUUUUUUUGCGAAUAACACUAGUUCCAAGCACUAUAGCUGUUCUUCCAGCUCUCAAUACAAAUUUCAGUCAUCACAUUUCGGCACAACUCCAAAACGGUGAAAUAAUCACUGGCCAAAGUCAAAUCUCUCAUCCAUCGGCAAACCACUUGACACCGGUGAAGGAUGUCCCUUAUGCACACAUUGUCAAGCAAAAUGCAGAAAAUAACCAUCCACUUUCCUUUUCAUUAACUUCUUCAGCUGGCACUCCGAUAAGCUCCUCUAGCUCUCCACCAUAUGGUUCCAGCGAUGCGAUAAGUACUUCCGAUUUCCCAGAUGAGAGUGAGAGCUCUCCUGGUCUAACAAUAACAUUGCCACCAAGGUUCACUUACAAUACCAUUGACACUACCAAUAACAACGAAUCCAGCUCCCAGCCAUCUCCUGACCAUGACCAAGAAGAUGCACACUUACCAUUUAGCCAUCCUGAUUUAAAAAUUUCUCAAUUACAUUUCCAUAAAGAUGAAAAUAUUCCACUAGCAUCACCUAUCCGCAGAAUAUUUUACAUUAAUCCAUAUGGUCAAGAAAUUCAUCCACGUGCUAGCAGCAGAGUCAUUAGAACGUUGGAGGAAGCUGAUGUUAUAAUAUAUUCUAUUGGAAGCUUGUUUACAUCGACAAUUCCGGUGGUUAUUUUACAAGGCUUUGCUAGUUCUAUCCAAGAUAAUGCACACUUGAAAAAGAAAAAGAUACUACUACUCAAUGGAUCUAAGGAUAGAGAAACGGAUUCAUUAGAUGCUUUGGAUUUUGUCCGGGCACUAGUUGGAGCCUGCUUAUAUAGCGAACUUGGCGGUAAAAGUAGCAUUUAUAACCAUUUCAAUUACAGUGGUAGUAGCAUUGCUUUAAAUCACAUGUCGAAACAGCAACAAAUUAAACAUCAUCAGACACAAGCACCAUCACGGGAUUUCUCAGCAUCGAACUAUACAACAACAUCUUCCCAUGCUCAAGACAUUCUAAUGAGACCAACACCUAGACUCACUAAGGCAUAUAAUCCUUCUGGUACUUCUAAUCUUAUGCUUGGACCGGAUUAUGACAAUAAUCAUAGUCUGGGUGUGUCAAAUUCUUAUCAUAGCAUCAACAACAGUAGUACUAAUCUAAUGUAUGCUUCAGAUCAAGAUAUUGACGAUGUUUACAAUUCAGAAAAAAUUGACAAAGCAACCUGGUCCAAAUAUAUUACCCAUAUUGUUUAUCUUGAAAGCUCGCAAUUUUGUCCCAGUGCUGCAGCUUUAAAAGUUUUUCAAUCAAAGGGAAUUAAAUGUUAUGCUUUACAGCCAUAUUCAAAAGAUAAUUCUAAUUACAAGUAUAGUUCUGAUUCUCUUAAAGGGUUGCUUACAGUUUUGGUCAAUGAUUAA